AUGUUGCCAACUAGACAAUUUGUUACUUCCUUAUCACUCGACACGACUCUCGCUCCCGCUCUUUCUCCCUCCGCUGCUGGCCGCGCUACACGUGCCACCGCAGAGAAUACACGCGAGCGUGCUGCGCCACACUGCGCGAUCCUCUUCCCGGUCGUUCCCUCGUUCCGAGAUGAACGAGAGGAGGAGAAGGAAGAGGAGCAGGAGGAGGAGGACGAUUUGUUAGAGGUGCCGCGCCGCUCCGGGAAACUGGGGAUCCGCACGAGUGGGAAAAUCGGGAUCCGCUGCUUACGAAUUCGAUCCUGGUUCACGCUACUAGAUCUUCUCUACACUGCUCUGCUAUCGGAUACGUCAAUGCUCGGCAACAUCCCACGAUCGUACGCUAUCAGUGCUGGAUGGUAAGAGCACGAUGUUUCCUUCCGGUUACAACCAGCGUUAUCGGAGAAAUGUUGUACGUUCGACAGAAGGCCUUUGUUAAUUUCUACAAUUUCAUCCUCGACGCUAUUGAACUAACUUCUUGCAAAUGCACAAAAUUACAUUUCACGAUCGUUUUGUUAAAAGAAUGCAAAGAGCGAUGAUAUUUCUUAAGAAUUUCUGAAAUUUUAGAAAGAAGCUCGCAACGCCGCUUUUAGAUCAAUUUUAAAUUUGCAAAUAAUUUUAACAGAGAUACUCAAUCGUGUGUGAAGAUGGCUCGUAUAUUAUAUAUAACACAUCAUUGCCUAUCGAGAAUGUUAAUCAUAUUUAACUGGAACUCACUUCCUGUUAAUAUAUGUCAAGUGACUAUAUUUAUACCAUCUUCAAGAGAGGUAAUUAAUUCUUCUACUACGCAUGACGCGUCAACUAGGUAAAUAUAAAUUUAAUUUGAACUAAUUUCAAUAUAUUCAAUUAUUACAAAUAUCAAAAAUAAAAAUAAUAUAUUAUAAAUAUUAAAAUAAUUUAUCUAAUAAUUUGUAUAUAGUAAUAUUUUGUUACAAUAAUUAAAAGAAUAUCAGAAGAAUAUAUUAUAUCAUUUUUCCUCAGUAACACAAAAUUCUGAAAUUUGAUGACAUGAUCGAUUGAGUAUUCCGUCUUAACAAUCUAAAACAAUAUUAUA